UUCCGAUCGUGGCUGGCUUUGACAUCCUCAUCUGUGCCUGUGCCUCCUGUGGUUGAAACGAUGCUGCCUAAGUGGAUGAAAGAGACUACUUCCUUUAGAUUUCUCCUGUUCAUGGUGAUUGGUGCUCCUUGUUGUUGUUGUUGUUGGUUGCGUAUCUCCACUCCUCAGUUUGUUGGAUGACUCAGUCCACCACAAUCACCGAGAUCAUCGUUUAUGUAUAUAUACACAGUUCAAUCUCAUUACUAUGAUGAAGUAACGUUUGGGUUUGAACUGUUUUGUUAUCUAUUCAAUUGUUCAUCCAUAAGUAUUUUCUAUUCAUUUCACAAUUAACCAGCUUCUCAUCCUCUUUUUUUGUUAGUGAAUCGAAUGUCAAGAUGGAAGAGGAUAUAGUUGAGUCUGAUGUUCCAGGUAUUAUAUAUCUGUCAACUAUACCGACUGGAAUGAAUGUUAGCAUGAUCUCCGAUAUUAUGCAACAAUUUGGUAAAAUUGGUAGAGUUUAUUUAGUACCGAAGCGAAAAAAGGUUGGCAAAUACCGGCAGUACGAAGAAGGUUGGGUUGAGUUUUUGAAGAAGAAAGUUGCUAAACGUGUUGCCAAGCGGCUAAAUUGUGUUGAAGUUCUGGGGUCAAAGCGUAAUCCUUGGUUUGGUGAACUAUGGAAUAUUAGAUUCUUGAAAGAUACUUCAUGGAAUGAUCUUUUCGGUGCUGAACGCGAAGAAGAAGAGCAGAGACGUGCAGCACAUGAUCGUGACAUUGUAGUUGCUAAACAUCAGUCUCGUCAGUUUUCUGCAGCUCUAGAUGCUAAGAAACUGGAAAAACGAAUGAAGCUGGUGAAAGGGAAAAGGUUCAAUGAACGGAAAGCACUAGAUUUGAAUAAACGUCAAAAACUCACAGAAGAUGAAAUCAAAGAAAGACUUGCUCGAUCCAAUCGUACACCACCAGAUGGAUGUCUUGGUUUUUCAGCUGUGUCUAAUGCAGAAUUUAUGAACAGUCUAUUUGCUGGUGGUUUGUAG